AGCCAACCGGUCAGACCACCGCUGUAGGCUUUUCGGCAUCAGCAUCCCCACUGGGCAGGCCUGAGCGAACACCUCGACCAUGCAGGGUACCUGGAUGGUGCUGUUGGCACUGACAUUGGGCACCUUCGGGGAGCUUGCUAUGGCCUUACAGUGCUACACCUGUCGGGAUCCUGUGAGUGUGUCCAACUGUGUCACCAUUACCUCCUGCCACGUCAAUGAAACCAUGUGCAAGACCACACUCUACUCCCUGGAGAUUGUGUUUCCUUUCCUGGGGGACUCCACGGUGACCAAGUCCUGUGCCAGCAAGUGUGAGCCUUCUGACGUGGAUGGCAUUGGGCUAACCCGGCCAGUGUCCUGCUGCAAUUCUGACUUAUGCAACGUGGAUGGGGCACCCAGUCUGGGCAGUCCUGGUGGUCUGGUCCUUGCCCUGGCAUUUAUCUUUCUCAUGGGUGUCCUGCUGUAAAGCCAUGGCUCUGCCCCCUUGUCCCUGACAGCCCAGUUCCAUAAUGCCUUGAAGAAGUACAACAGCCACCUGCA